AUGAUUGGAGGAACGUUGCCCGCCGAAAGGAAUAUUAGUACGGAUUAUGGAGCAAAAUUUUUGUUUUUGCGGAGCAUUCGCAUCUCCGUACCGCUUUGCCUCUAUUCUAUCACAGCUUUCAUGUACUAUCCAGUUUUUCAGUCAUUUGUAUACCAAAAGGUCUGUGAGCAGUACGGUGAUAAAACGCUCAGUUGUAAAGACCGGAAGAGUACUUCAUCAGAUCCAGAACUUCAGGCAAAAGCUAAUUGGGUACUUUUGUUAAGUAGCAUUGCAAUGUGUCUACUGGGUGCAGUUUCUUCGGCAGCAGUUGGGCGAUUUGGUGAUACUUCGUCGCGAAAAGCAGCUUUGAUUAUUCCAUUUUUGGGUCUUAUUCUUUCGGAUAUAGCAUUAUUCAUGCAGUCAUAUUUUAUGGAAGUCUCAGUCUACUGGGCAGUUGGCAGCGAAGCAAUUUUUGCGAUUUUCGGUGGCUAUAUGUCUAUUUUUUCGUCGUGCUUUGCUUAUGCAUCUGAUUCAGUGAGCAGCUAUUCAUCGAAAAUUUGCUCACAAACAAUAGCUAUCCUAGAAGGUGUUAUUGGCUUGGGAGGUCAGAAAUGUUCCGGAUUUUACUUAAUUAUUAAGACAAUAAUUAAUCACAAAUUAUGCCACUGA